AUGGUUAUCGGUCUCUUAACCCUUACCUCCAUCCCCACCGUCACGGGCGUUUCAUUCGGCGUCAGUGAGCAGCGCAAAUCGAACCAACGCAAGGAAGAUGCGCGGCGGAUGGUCAAGUUCAACAUCGAGUCUGUCUACCUAGAUUUCCUCAACCCCUCAGAUCGAUCCAUCCCCUCCUUCACGGCUUUAGCAUUCUACAUCGAAUACCCCGAACCCGACGAGACAAAACACCUCGAGCGCGGCCUGGGUCUACCAACGUACGUCUCGGCGAACCCCCCACUGCUAAAUUGGAUAUACGCGGAUAAAGACACGUACGAGCUGAAAUAUGGCAAUCGGACACAAAGCGUGACUCACAUCGUGGGACCAUGGGAUUGGACGGAAGACGAAAAGGUCAUUCUGCUCGAGGAGAAGAAUGCAUUCUUCGCAGUGGAAGAGGAAGAGGGGCAGUGGGCUUUAUACUUUGAUCGGGAGGGGGACGAGCUUGCGCGGGUUUUGGAGGAGAGGGAGAUGUUGGAUAAUGCCUUUGUGCCUGUUACGCUUAUGAGGAAGGUUGUGGAAGAGCCGCCCCCGCCUCCGAGCCAGAGCCAAAGCCAAAGCCAAGGUCAAGGCCAAGGUCAAGGUCAGGCCGGGGGAAGUGAACAAAAGUAA